UUCACUGUCUUUUUCCUGUAAGUCACAAUUUGUAACAUCUGUAAAAAUGGCGACUUUGGAAGCUGCUGCAAUUUGGGAAGAUGGAGAGGAAUCGUUGGGGGAGGAAGUUCUGCGAAUGUCAACAGAUGAGAUUGUCAGCAGAACACGAUUACUUGAUAAUGAAAUAAAGAUCAUGAAGUCAGAAAUUAUGAGAAUAUCCCAUGAACUCCAGGCUCAGAAAGAAAAGAUCAAGGAGAAUAAAGAGAAGAUAAAAGUCAAUAAAACCCUGCCAUAUCUUGUUUCUAAUGUUAUUGAGCUGUUAGAUAUGGAUCCUCAAGACGAGGAAGAAGAAGGAGGGAAUGUUGAUUUGGAUGCCCAGAGAAAAGGAAAAUGUGCCGUUAUCAAAACAUCUACAAGACAGACAUAUUUUUUACCUGUAAUUGGUCUGGUUGAUGAAGAAAAACUCAAACCUGGAGAUUUAGUGGGUGUUAACAAAGACUCGUAUCUGGUUCUAGAAACUCUUCCUGCAGAAUAUGAUUCACGAGUUAAAGCUAUGGAAGUGGAUGAAAGACCAACUGAACAAUAUAGUGAUGUAGGAGGUCUAGAUAAACAGAUUCAAGAGUUAAUUGAAGCUGUUGUAUUACCAAUGACACAUAAGGAAAGAUUUGAAGCUCUAGGUAUUCAACCACCUAAAGGUGUAUUAUUGUAUGGACCACCAGGUACAGGUAAAACUCUACUAGCUAGAGCCUGUGCUGCUCAGACCAAAUCCACCUUCUUGAAACUGGCUGGACCACAACUAGUACAGAUGUUUAUUGGUGAUGGAGCUAAACUUGUUCGAGAUGCUUUUGCUCUAGCUAAAGAAAAAGCACCUGCUAUUAUCUUUAUUGAUGAAUUAGAUGCCAUUGGAACGAAGAGAUUUGAUAGUGAGAAAGCUGGUGAUCGGGAAGUACAGAGAACUAUGUUAGAAUUAUUGAAUCAGAUGGAUGGGUUCCAACCCAAUCAGAUGGUCAAGGUAAUCGCUGCAACAAAUCGUGUGGAUAUUUUAGAUCCUGCGUUAUUACGUUCCGGUCGUUUGGACAGGAAAAUAGAAUUCCCACAUCCUAAUGAAGAAGCUAGAGCUAGAAUUUUACAGAUUCAUUCCCGAAAAAUGAACGUCAGUAAAGAUGUAAAUUAUGAAGAGUUGGCCAGAUGUACAGAUGAUUUUAAUGGUGCUCAGUUGAAGGCUGUUUGUGUUGAAGCGGGUAUGAUUGCAUUACGAAGAGAAGCAGCUGAAUUAAGUCAUGAAGAUUAUAUGGAUGCCAUUAUAGAAGUUCAAGCUAAGAAGAAAACCAAUUUACAAUAUUACGCUUAAUUUUAGUGUCUGACACUACUCAUUUAUGUGUACAAUAUAUUGAAAGGUUGACGCCAAUACCAAUCAAAAAAAAAAAAAAAAAAAAAUAUAUUUAAACAAUAUUCGAUGAUUGAUUUUCAAACAUGAUAAAGAAUUAUUCACUCUAAGUGUAAAAUAAAAAGAUUCAUAUCAUC